GGUUUGACUGGUGGAUCCACCUCAGCUCCGACGCACACCGAUGGGAGGGACUUCCGUAUUAAGAUUCACUGUGAUUGGAUGUUUGCACUAAGCUCAACUCUGUAUGGCUAAUUUUCGUUUUAUUCCCUUUGGCGCGACGAUGGCUAGUUUUCAUAUGCAACCUAAAAAUCCAGCGGGAAACGCUUCAUAACUGAGUCCAAUGCACUAUAAGAGGUGAGCAAAUUGUUUUAUUUUUUGUAUGCAGGGUUGUUCUUUUAAUUAUAAUUCACUUUUAAAUAUUACUUUAGCUGAUGAAGAAAAAUCAUUUUUAAGAAUGAAAAUGUUUUGUGUAAAUGUAGCAUGUUUUGUAUUAACUUAACUAAAUAUUCUUGUUCCUGUUGUGUUAGCCAUUUUUACAUUUUUCUUUGAAAAUUAUCAGCAUUUACAAGUUCGCUUGCAGGGAAGAGUAGUCAUAAAUAAUGAUAAUUAACAUAUUUAUUAAAAACCCAUUUAUCUUUCUUUUUUUGGUCAUUCUUAGUAAGUCAACAUAAUUAUAAAUUCAGGUUUUUAUUUAGCAAGUGUUACUUCCUGUUGAGCUGUGUAUUGUAAAAAGAAAAAAAAAACAACACAAAUAGAUUGCAGAGGCAAUACAGUUUGUAACUGUAUGUGCUGUGUUUUUUAAGUAAGUAAAAUAAACUGGAACUAGAAAUGUUUAUAUCUUGAUUUUUUUUUGUGUGUUGAAUUUUUUGGUCAAAUUAAUGGUUUUACAUUUUUCCUUGACUUUUCAAAGAAUGCUUCGAGAAUUAUACAAAGACUUGAUCUGUUGCUAUAUCAGUGACCUUUUUUUACCUAUGACAUUCCGAAGAUACCAGUAUUUCAAUGUAAUAAUAUAAUUAAAUAAAUCUAUAAUUUUUCCUACUAGAAUGCCUCUUGGGAUGAAGUUGUGCACUCAUACAGAGGGAAAACAAACUAAAAAGAAGACUCUGAGGCUGAUUAAAUGGCUGCAAAAGAAACACCUUCUAAAGAAGAAGCUGAGAUGCCCUGUUUGCCACCAUAAGAUGAAAAUGAUAUCUGUGGUGAAGAAAGACCAAUUUAUGUGGUGCUGCAAAAGAGCAAGUCAUAGAAAAGUCUCCAGAACAAUUAGAACUGGCUCCCUCUUUGAGAAAUCAAAAUCUUCUCUUUUCAGUUGGAUGAAGUUCAUCUACAGAUUUUCACAAGGGCUCAGGCUCAGGCAGAUAGAUAUGAUUGAUGAUGAUGUGGCUGGCAGCUCCAAAACAUUAAGUGCCAUGGCAAAGCGUAUUCGACAAGUCUGCAUCAGUGCAAUGGAAAGACACGGAGUAAAUAAAGGGCACUGUCUUGGUGGUCACAAAGAAUUUGUGGUUAUGGAUGAAAGCUGUCUCCGUCAUCAGCGAAAGUAUGCACGUGGACGCUUCGGAAAUGCUUGGAAAAGAAAGAAAUGGGUCUUUGGACUGAUGGGAGUGAAAGACAAAAGGCGAAGGCUCGUGUUAAAACUUGUAGAGAAACGAACGAGGCGUCACCUUGUUCCUCUGAUCAGACAGCAUGUUAAGUCGGGUAGUGCCAUUAUCAGUGAUGAGUGGAGAGCCUACAAGAAUGUCUUGACAAACAUGGGGUACAAACAUUACACAGUAAAUCACAGCAGGUGGUUUGUUGAUCCUCACUCGGGCAGUCAUACACAACAUAUUGAAAGAGCUUGGAUGACAAUUAAAGGACAUAUUCGCAGACUAAGAGGAAAUCGUACAGAGAUGUUGUUGGAGGAACAUCUUAAAGUUCUCGAAUGGUCAUCUCGGCUUGGUUCAAAACAUCCUGAUGGACCACUGGGACGCUUAUUCAAGGACAUAUGGAAAUCAUUCCCAGUUUAACCUGAAUCUCUUCUACAACAGUUUUUUUUAGGGAGGGGGUAUUUGGUGUGUUUGAUGAGUUUGGAUGUUAAAUGUGCUACACUUACAAUACAUGACCAUUUUUGACAGUAGUUAACAUAGUUUGUACAAAUAUUUUAAGCAUUUAGUGUAACUCUGAAGUUUAACAAAUUUAAACAUUUAAGACUAAUUUUUGGUAUUUAUA